UAAACACUGUACUGUAGGACUUCUCCUCCAAGCCUAAACAGGACCCAAACAGGCCACUGCCCAAAUCGCAGAAUCGAAGCUCGUCGUCGUCUCGCAACGGAGAAGAAGUGAUCAGCGCUUUCAAAGUUUGAAUUUCAACUCCAAAUUGUUGUUUCAGAGCUUGAUCGGCGAGAGAGUUAUGGUGAAAGCUGUUGUCGGAGAAGAAAGCCGACUCCAAUUGGCCGAGGAUCGUCUCAGCCACUCCGCCAUACCCUCUGAGGUAGGGCUUGUGAUAGGGAAGAUUAGUUCAAGCUCUGAUCGAGGUUUGGUCUUCGAUUUGGUUCCCACUCCAACAAACGAUGCUGGAGAACCGGCUUGUUCGCUCGUUGAGAGCGUCAGAGACGAUAAGAAGAAAGGAUCGAAAAGCAAAUCUCAGUCCGACUCUUCAUCUCUCUUCAUCGAUAAGGAUUGGGUCGCCGAACACGCUCGUCAGGUCUCCAGAAUGCUGCUGGGUGGCAUAAAGGUGCUUGGCAUCUAUAUAUGGAUCAGUGAAGGCUCAUUCAAGAAUUCAACCAUUAUACUUUGCCAGACUGUAAAGGGAGUUGCUGAAGCAGCCCCAUUAUUGGAAACUGAUUGGGAUGAGAGAUUGCUUAUACACAUCAGUUACAGUCCAAGGAGAUGGACGUGUCGAAAUUGCGCAGUGGCUUCAAAUAUUUCAUCCAGCAGUCUACGGCCUUGUGAUUUCAAAAUGGGCAGAGUGUUAGCUUCCCUUCAGACGUUUAGGUGCACUUAUGCCUUUGAUCUAAGAUUGCCCAUAUGUCAUGAGAGUGGAUCAAAUGUCAGAAAGUUGGCUGACAUUCUUCGUCAUGGAAUUUCAAGUCAUGCUAAGGAGCUUAAAGGUGCAAAGGCCAUUAUUGACGGCAAUUUGGUGGUUGAUGAGGAGGAGUCAUGUGUGUCAGAUGGCUUACAUGAAGUGCAAUUUCUUCUACCAUUUAUGAAAGAUUUAUUUGUUGAAGCAUGCAGCCAAAAAGAGGUGGUUGGUAUUGUUGUCUUUAGUGGCUCAGUAUGUUCUUUUGCAUACUUAAAUUCAAAAGAACCGCUUUCACAAGCUUUGGCUGAUUUAAAGGGAGACAUCAUCGAGAGCCUGCUAAGUAGGUUGGAUAUCUGCUGUGAUGAGGCAGAUGGAGAAUCAAGCCUGACUGUUAAUGGCGGAAAGGAAGUGGGUGAUGAGUUAACAACAGGAGAACCCUUUCUCCAACUCAAUCUGCAUUCAUUGAGAAAACAAUGCAGUCUUUCAUUUCCACGAAGAGUCUUUGUUCCUUGGUUGGCGGGUACAUAUAUCUGUGACUAUCUACAACCCUCUGAGACGAUUGAGGUUCUUAAAGAUCACUGUGUUGAAUUGAUGUCCAUGGAAGCUCCAACAGAUUCCUCAACAAUCUUGGAACCCGAGGUAGAACCCCUUGCUUUGAGCACUAAAUCUUUCUGGAAUGCGGUUGCCCCAUUCAGUUCAACUUCUACUUCUAGUCAAGAUGUUUCCACUUCAAAGGAGAGUGGAACUGUUACGAGCAAUGGAAAUGAUGGUAAAUCUACAAAGUCAGCGGAUUUUAACAUCAAGGCUGCUGUUUUGGUUCUUAUCUUCGCCAUUUUAGUUGGGCUCGUUCUAUAUAUGGUCAGGGCAUUGUAACAGAUUACUUGGGCUUAACUUGUUAGUUCUACUGUGGUGGCAUUUCGGAGUUUGCUGGAGUCUUUUGUGAUUUCUUUGAGUUAUUUUAUAUAUUUGUCGUAUUCCAAUUCAAAGAAACACACGGCCAGGUAGGUCUAUAAAAAAUUAAUUUCGAGUUGUAAUGAAUCAUUCAUGUCAAUGUUUAAAUGGUGAAAAGAUAGAAAAUAAAAAACUUUUUUU